AUGGGGUAUCAUCAGGAUGGGCAGGUCCCAGAAUGGAUUUCAUUGAAAGGAACUGAUAACAGGGGCAAAGUCUCCCUCACCGAACAAUUAGAGGAGGACCAUGAAAUAGUCGAGUCGAAGUCUCGCCUACUUACAUUAGGACAAUCACCAUCAAACCGCUCAGGAUGGCGAAGAGGUUUCCCUGUCGCCAUAUGUGCUGUUGUAAUCGUCCUGGUGAUCAAUAUCGCAUUUGGAAUCUGGGCCUUGAUCCAUGGGCACAUGCACAGCGGAGUAGGUACCCUUUCAGAAGGUCAAUGCUCCAGAAUCUCCGACUACAGUCUGUACAUUCAUCUGCUUAUCAACGUGCUGAGCACCGCCUUGCUUGGUGCUAGCAAUUACGCCAUGCAAUGUCUCGCAGCGCCAGAUCGCGGAGAAGUCGACAAAGCCCAUGCACGAGGCGAUUGGUUGGACAUUGGUAUCCCAAGCCUCAGAAAUCUCGCCCGCAUCGACAAGAAGCGAGUCAAGCUAUUGAUUGUACUGGGAAUAUCCUCGGUUCCUUUACACCUACUCUACAACUCCGUCAUUUUCAAGGUCAUAUCAGCCAACGGCUACGCCGUGGCCGUUGUCACACAUGGAUUCGAAAGUGGCGCCGCCUUCAACAGCACCCGACCUAACGACCUGUAUGUGCUGCCUAGCAAUCAAAACGGGACGUUCAGCAACCCAUCCUUUCAGUCGCUCCCGUCAGACUACCCCUUCACACAACUUCAGGACAACGUGUCCGGCCUAGACCGCCUGUCCAACGCGGACUGUAUGGACGCGUACCGCAACUCCAUCCUGACGAACCGGCGCAACCUGUUCGUAAUCACGGCGAAUAACACCUACAACGACGGCUCCCUCGUGACUUGGACCGAGAGCCAUCCAUACGAUCGCGACCGACCAGCCUUCGAUCCUCUGGGCUGGAUAUGCAUCUUCCUACCCAAAUACAACGGCCUCCACUUCAGCGACCAGCCACGAUGCAACGUCCAAGACGUGAUUGGCGAAGCAGGGACCUGGAGCAUAGCCGACUAUCCCGUAGACUACUGUCUGAGCCAGCCGGUGGAGGAGCGCUGCCAAAUGCAAUUCAGCCUGGCGAUCCUGAUUGUCGUAAUCUGCUGCAACCUGGCCAAAGGUGUAGCCAUGCUUCUCGCCACGCGCAUGCUCAGCGACCGCAACCUCAUGACGGUCGGCGACGCCGUGGCUUCCUUCCUGGACGCCGAAGACGGCACAACCCACGGACUAUGUCUGAUGUCCAGGGACGACAUCCCCGCCAACCUCAGCCAUUACCGGACAUCACGACUGCACAGGCCCGCCGUCUAUAAAGCUCGACGUCGAUUCUUCUUCCAUUCCGCAAGUCCCGCACGCUGGGUCAUCUUCGCGAUCCUUUCCACAGCCGCCCUCGGUGCGACAGGCUAUCUUCUGGGCCAAGGCAUCGCGGGUCUCAAAUGGCUCAGAUUGCCAGUGUCAUUGUCGGCGCUGGCCAAAAUGGGCUUGGGGUCCGUCUCUGCCGACACGCUUGUGCGACUCGGUGGCAGUAUCGGCGCGAACAACAGCCUCGUCGGCUACGUGCUGCUCGUCAACUUGCCCCAACUGAUCGUGUCGAGCAUUUACCUGCUCUACAACGCCCUGUUCACCACCAUGACGCUGUCGAGUGAGUGGUCCAGUUUCGGUACGACCCGCCAGACCCUGCGUGUCAGCCGUCCCCAAUGCCCCCAGCGCUCGACCUUCUAUCUGCAGCUCCCCUACAGAUACGCGAUUCCGCUGCUGGUCGCUUCGGGGACGCUGCACUGGCUGAUUUCGCAGUCCAUCUUCCUCGUCCGGGUCCGCAUGUUCGACUUCUUCGGCGACGACGAUCCCGAGCACUCCAUCACCACGGCCGGAUACUCGUGCAUCGCCAUCAUCCUGGCCAUCGCCCUGGGCAGUACGCUGGUGCUAGCCUGUGCACUGCUGGCGCUGCGGCCUUUGCCCGAUACCGGUCCGCCGCCUGGCCCAAAUUGCAGCCUUAUCAUCAGCGCUGCAUGCCAUCCGGACGUGAGCGAGCGGGACACGGACUCCAGCGUGCCUCUCUCGAUGCGAGAGCUCCAAUGGGGUGCCACCAUGCACAAAGGAAGUGCCACUGUAGGGCAUUGUACAUUUUCUAGCGGACCGGCGGAGCCUCCCCUCGUAGGCAACAAAUAUAGCUAA